GUGACAUCUCGCGAUUCCAGUUCUCGGACAGGUGCGAGACAUUGGCGACAUUUGCAACAAUGGCUGUCCCAUGUUUGUUGACAUGGGAAAGACUGCUAUUAAUUAUUGGAAUAAUUAAUGUUCUAGGAUUCAACGUGGAUGUGAAGAUGCCAUUCAUUAAACAGGGACCUAAAAACAGUUAUUUCGGCUUUUCACUCGCACAACAUAAGAUCAAUAGCACGGAACAAUAUCUAUUGCUAGUGGGUGCCCCUAAAUAUGCAGCUAAUGGAUCCUAUGCCCCAGGAGGCGUGUAUCAGUGUGACAUCAACAGCAACCCCAGCUGUAAUAUCAUCAACAACAUAGCAUCAGUGUUUGCAGAGAAUAGCAGGAUCUCAACCAAUGACCAGUGGUUAGGGGGCACAGUCAGAAGCUCGGGGGAUGGAAUAGCGCUGGCCUGUGCUUUUAGAUACAAACUGAACUACAAUCCCCUGGGAAGGUGUGCAUCCUUUUCAAAUAACCUUGAGCCAUAUGGAGAAAUCCGCCAGUGUUUAGAUGAUGGACGAGAUAAUGAGGGGACAGCUUAUUGUCAGUCUGGAGUAGAUGCUGUGGUGAUGCCUGAUGAGGAGAUCAUUCUUGGAGCUCCAGGAUCAGUAGACUGGACAGGUCAGGUUUCCCGAAUCUAUAUAACAGGGGAUAUUUCUCAAAGCUCAGCAGUAAGAGACAAGUCAUGGAGUUACAGUCAGCCGUACCAUGAAGAGGAUAAGCGCCCCGCUGUGGAUAAACACUCAUACUUAGGCUAUGCAGUAACAUCAGGGAAAUUCAGGGGAUACCCAAGAAGAGUUUACAUUGGGGGUGCUCCAAGGUCCAAUUCCACUGGUCAAGUGGUCAUCUUUACCAAAAGUAACAGUGACCUUGUGUACUAUGUCCAGAACAUCAUCAGUGGAACCAUGGCAUUUUCAGCAUUUGGAAGUGACUUAGCAGCAGUAGACUUUGACAAUGAUGGAUAUGAUGAAUUAGUUGUUGGAAGCCCAUUGUACACCAAAACUGACACCACAACCAAUAUGUUUGCUGGAGGGGCCAUUUAUGUGUACAAUACUAACUCAAAGCUCUCCUCCUUUACUAAACCCCUCCUCAUCACCCUGGACAUGGCAGAGAGCGAGUGUGAGAAAAUGAAGUGUUUAGAGGCGAGAUUUGGACAGUCCCUCUCCAAAGCCGGGGAUCUAAAUCUGGACGGAUACCAAGAUUUGGCAGUAGGGGCACCGUAUGACAACUUUGAACGUGGUGCUGUAUAUAUAUUUCAUGGAUCAGAAACUGGGAUCAUUCCUAAAUAUGUUCAGAAAAUAACAGCCACAGAUGUGGAUCCUGCUCUGCGGACUUUUGGUUACUCCUUGUCUGGAGGUCUGGAUUUAGACCGCAAUGGAUACCCGGACAUCACAGUGGGAGCAUACGCAUCAAAUAAAGCCAUUAUGCUGCGAACUAGACCUAUUGUACACCUUUUCCCCAAAAUCACCUUCACUCCCAGGAAGUUUAACCUCAGUAAACCUGUGGGCUGUCCUUUUGACAAUCCAGCCGAAGUCACUAAACCCAGAUACUGUAUGGAGUUGAAGAUUUGCCUCAUGUUUACUGCUAAACCUGAACAAAGCUUUUCAACAGUCCAAAGGAUCGAUGUAAAAGUGGUGGCAGAAAAAGAUCGAGUAGAGAAGCGAAUCUUUUUUAAAGACUUCCCGCAACCAGACAUGGUGUCUUAUACUCAGGAUCUUCCGUACCAGAAACUCGAUGGCUGUGAGAGACUCAAGAUAUAUCUUGCUGACAAUAUUAAGGACAAGCUAACACCGAUACAGAUUGACAUAGCAUACAGCCUGGGAAACAAUCCGUUCAGACGUCGUCGUAGGCAGGUCUUUCCAGACAUCAACAUGUUUCCGAUCCUUAUGAUCGCUAAUCAGACUGCUGAGACGUCAGUCACUUCCUUUACGGAAAAGAUUGAUUUUGUGAAGAAGUGUGGUACAGAUGACAUUUGUCAGAGUAAUAUAAGACUGGAGAUGAGCCUGUUCCCUUUGGAGAGGGAUGGAAAUAAGUAUGUAUUGAGUAUUGGUGAAAAUGACCUCUUCAAGGUGAAAAUAACACUGACCAACAAAGGGGAGCCAGCUUACCAGCCCAGCUUUUACCUGGUCGUACCCAAAGACAUGCAGUACGCAGGCAGCACACCUAUCUAUCCGCCUGGACUGUCACCUCCUGCAUGUAUCAACAUCAAUACGACUACCAUAUUCUGUGAGCAUACCAAUCCAUUUGGCAACUCUGUGAAAUCUGAUGUUCGUACAGAGUUUAAUAUUGAGCUGGAUGCCUCAAACUUACCUCUCAACUUGUCAGAUUUCACUAUCAGGGGUCUCUUUAACACUACAAGCCAGGAGCAAUCUCCAGAUAAUGAUGAAGUCACACUUCCUGUAAGGAUGGUUACAAAAACAAACAUCAAAGUGUUUGGAGAGGCGGAACCAGCUAAUGAUGUGGUGUUUAGGGGCCCUAUACGUGGAGCAAGUGCUGUGAAGCAUGAGGAUGCUAUUGGUCCAGCUGUCAACCAUACAUUUACUGUAUACAAUGAAGGUGUUGGUUCUGUGGGGUCUGCCGUUCUAGAUAUUUUCUGGCCCGUGGAGAAAAACCCCGGGGCGUAUGAAGAGGGGAAACACCUCCUGUAUCUCAUGCAGACUGAGUCUCUGGAUAGGUCCAAAGCACAGUGUACCCAUGAUCCCCAGUAUUACAAUGUUCUUCAAGUCGCAGUUAAGACUGCUGUUGUGGUCAAUAACGGGGAGGGACCGACAUAUAACACCCCCGACACUCGGAGGAGACGAGAGAUUGGCAAUGAGGAACCAUCAACCACGACACAGAAACCAGGUCGAGAAUCCCCCUCAGGGAGGAACAUAAUCAAGCUGAGCUGUAAAGACAACACAGCCAAGUGUAUAAGAAUACACUGUAAGAUAUUCAGGCUGGACAAGAAAGAAUCAGCUAAAAUUGUCAUUCGAGCUCGGCUUUGGGAAUCCACUCUGCUACAGGAUUAUCCUAAUUCAGAAGUCCAGAUCUCUUCCCUGGCCAGAGUAACAGUGUCUCCAGAUCUGAAUAUUUUCCAGGACACUUCAGAUGAUCAGGGCACUGCUACCACGUAUGCUGUGCCGGAAGUGAAACCCUCAGUGAAGAAGGAGCUGCAGUGGUGGAUUAUUCUGGUAGCCAUUGCUGGCGGAAUCGUGUUGUUAGUGGUGCUCAUCUUAAUAUUUUGGAAGUGUGGAUUCUUCAAGAGAAUGAAACCCAAAGAUUAUGAACCAACUUAUCAAGGGGAAAUAAAAAAGACGCCAAAGGACUAUGAUAAUGUAGAUUAAGACAUAGGAUAGGACCUUGUAGUUAGGAAUUUAUCAAUUAUAGGGUGGCUACCUCAACAGCUGAAUUCUCGCCAGUACAAGAGAGAGACAACAUCGGCCCGUCCGUCCUGGAGUCAGUCCAUGUAUCAGAAUUUAGAUUCUGCAUAGACUGUAUGCAAUACUAGGUCAAGUGGCUUCCAUCAUUUUUGAAUUGCCUCUGAGACAUAUAGAUUAUCAUAUUACAACGUCCGAAGUGCUGAAAGUUUUACACCAAAAAUUUUCCCUAGAAUUUAGAAAGAGUGUUGUUUUUAAAAAUUUUUAGUAGAGUGGUUGUCAAAUGAAUAUAAAAAAGCGGAAUUUUUGUAAUCAUUUCCGUUUAUGUAUACAUACUUUCUGUACACAAUUAAGAAAGCUCAUAUAUGCUGUUUUGUGGUACUCCUGUUAAGUGCUCUAUAGUUUACACUGGCAAAACCAUCAAUUGUUUGCUCCAAGAAAAGUUGUUUUAUUUUGGUUGUGAUUUUAUACUUUAUUUUUGCUCUUCAUGUUUUUGCAAUGCUCUCAAGAAAAAAAAAAAUUGAUCAAUUUUUUUUUGUGUGCAUUCAUGUAUGUUUUUGUUUAGCACAUACAAAAGCUAUACCAUUAUACUCCCAUGUAUAUUUCUGUCUGGUUUUCCAGAUACAUGUAGAUAUAUUUGUAGGUUUUUACGAUAUCUUCAUAAUUAUACAAUAUGUAAUUGGAAAUGCACUGUAUAUAACCUAGUAACGUAUGUCACUUUCUGUUGUAGAGUUCUUAAAUUUGUUAAAAUUAUUUUAAUGCAUUCCAAAACCAUAAUAUCAAAUCAUAAAAAAAAAUGUCUGUUAAAUGUUUGCAAUCAUUACCACUGUUAAACUUAUGAAAUGAUAUGCACGUGCAUUUAUUUAUACAACACUUGCUUGAAAAACUCACUUUUAAAUUACAGUAAUUUUCUAUUGUAUAAAACAGGUAUGUUUAGUAUAGUGUAUACCCAAGCAUGGGACGAGUUUAUUAUUUUUUCAACAACCACAUGUAAUUAGUUGAUCUUAUCUGUGUUGAUAAUUAGGAUAUUCUGAAUAAGGACUUGUAUGUGAUUUUGUUAGAUCAGUUUUACUUAAAGAUAUGUGUUCAUAUUGAUAUUAUAGAGAACUAUGUUUUCCCUGUGUGAUCUUGAGAAAGUUAUGAAUGCCCUGAGUUACACUUAUUGUACAUGUUUUAACAGUAACACCCCUCCAUGUACUAAUAACGACACAAAUUUAUAUACUAGUUGUCAAUCAAACUUUAUUUUAAUGUUAAAAAUUCAAGGACAUGGUUUAUAAAGAUCAUAACAUCACACAGGUAUAUUUAGUGUUCAAAUAAAUGUGUAACUGAUUCACCAAAUGGCAGAAUCUAAAUGUAUGCAAAGUUGUUAAUUUAAAUGUAUGAAAGUUGACAAUUUUAAAAGAAGUGCAGAUGUUAUAUUUUAGAAGUUGGAAGAAGAAAUAUUUUAUGAAGUUUUUCAUGUAAUGUUUUAUCCAAUCUCAAUCAUUAUCCUAGGCUUAUAUAAUUAAAAGGGAGUGAAAUAUUUUGUAAAUUAUACUGUAAUAACAGGAUUCUAUGCAUGAAGGCCUAUACAUACAUACAUCUGUUUUGUGCAGAAAAAAGACUGUUGUUAAUGAUCUAUGAAUGUCUACAAUACUUGAAUCCUUCUGUAAAAUAGCUUGCAUCUUAUGUUUUAAAUGUAAAGGAUGAUUCUGUAUAGAUCUGAUAUUUAUGAAAAAAAAUUCUAAGGCAGAAGAGAUUCAGAUAAAAUACACUUCCUCAGGGCCCCAGAAAUUGUGGCAAUUUAAAUGAUUUCUUCAUUCACUACUGUGUGUGGUUGUAUUUUCAGAAUGUAGUUGUCUGUGAUAAAUAUUGAGCCCCUAGGCUGUCAUAGUGUCUUAGAGGCCCACAAAAGGGUCGUCCUAGUGUCUUACAGAAAACUACAGCAUUAAGUGUUACUGAUGUGAUUGCUAGUUCUGACAAUAAUUCUCUCUGUAUAACAGAGUUUUAAUAGCUUUAAAUAAAGGAGGCUUUUAAUUUAAUCAUGUUCAGAUGGUAUCUGUUCACUCUAAUCUGCAUUUGUCUUUCUCUUACAAUGAAUUUAAAUGAUUUGUGUUGAUUUAUAAUUGCUUCUGAAAAAGAUAAGAAUUUAUUGAAGUGUAUUAAUUUAAAAUCAUUUUGGUUUACCUUUUUCAGUUUUGUAUAUAUUGACAGUAACACACAUGUGAACAAGAUCUUUUACAUCAACAUUGUGUUUGUAAUUGUUUAUUUCCUUUGACAAACUAUGGAACUUUUAUCUUUUUUAUAUUGUUAACCAUCAUACAGUGUUCGCCCAUGUUAACUCACCUAUACGCCAUUUGCUUCAUUUUAAAAUGGCUAGGAAAAGUUGAGAAGUGUUGAUGUAAUAAACUUUCACAUACACAGUGAUAAUAAGUGUGUAAUAGAAUGAUGAAAAACAAUCAAUGAUUUUAUAAUUAACGGUGAUGGACAAAAUUCGAAGUCCUGAGUAAAUGAAAUGUGAUAUUUAUAAUUUAAGAAUGGAUUUUUUUAUGUGUAGAUCAUGUUUAUAUUGAACAUUUUCAUGAUUAUAUAGCCUUUGCUUUUGUAUGCUUCUCAUGAAAUGGUGCUGAGAUUUGUUCAUUAGGUGUCUAUGCUAAAUAGAAUCAUGGUGAAAGAGGAAGAACAGGUUAAUGUAAAGGUACAUGUAUAAAUAAUUUUGGAAUUGCUUUGAAGGAGUGCAAGUUCUCUAGUGAACAAAUAUCUUGGUCCAUGACGUGAUUGCUGCUGCUUUUGAGAUAGAAUUCUCCACAUAUUCGGCUUCGUUAAUGGUGUGUCGGUCCGCAUUAGACCCCUCAUAACUUUACCUCACCCCACCCCGGCUCAUUUUUACAUAUAGUCUUACUUGAAUUCCUUUUCCUAUUGCACUAGUCCAAAAGAUGUUAGUUUAUCUUAUUCCAUUUUCCAGUGAUUUAAUGAUUGGAUACCCAGCUGAGAAAUUGAUCAAUCCAGGUAAGCUACCUGGAUUCAAGUAUUUUUUAAGCCAAUCUUUUUAUCUCUGAGUACCCCUCCCCCCCCCUCCCCCCCCCAUGUGCCAUACCCAUGACCGACCACAUUAAAUAGCUUUAAUAGUGUAACUGCUGUGUAUAUGUGUUUGGCAAGAAACCUAUACUCUUGAUUUUGAAAGAUAAGUUAGAUUUAAUUACUGCCAAUGAAUUGUAAUUUAUGGCAUCAAAGUCAAAAUAAAUGAAUCAAGUUGUAUAAGGUGUAUAUGUGUUUGUGUGAUAGGCUGCUUAAUGCUGCAUACUUACAUGUAUCUAUGUACUGCUUUGCUUGUUUGCAUUUAUAAUUUUCACAUUGACACAUUGUAAUCUUAAAUGUCCCUUAGGGCAGUUAUAUAUAAGUAGUUAACUACUUAAUUGAUGAAGAACAUGUAUUUCAAUUGAGAACAUUUUUAGUCCAUGUAUUUCAAGAGAAAUGGUUUAAAUUUUAAAUGAGCUUGCAUUAAUUGUUAGUUAUUCUAAAUUAAGUAAUUGCUAGCUAGUUAAUUUUGUUCUGUAAAAGAAGUAACAGAACUUUAUAAGUACUUAGUAAAUCAGUUUGGUUCUUUGGCCAGUGAUAUAAAUAUUCAUCUUGAUCUCAGAUGGAGUUACCUUACUCAAUAGUUGUAGUGAUAAUUUUGAUAAAUAAGGAUAUGACCACAAGGACAAAAAAUAGGAAUCAUUAGUUUUAAUUGUUUCUAUACCUUUUAUUAUGAGAAAAUGCUUAUCAUAUGUUUGAUUAUCAGUGUAGAUUAGUAGUCAACCAUGUUAUUUAUAUAGUGCUGAAAAUACACCAGUUAAUGAUAUUAAUCAUUACAUACAAUACAGGUAGUUUUAAUUUUACUAUUUCUCAACAUUUUGUGAUUUACUUUCUUACUUUCACAUACUUUUUUUUAUUCGCCCAUCAUUAUUAUAUUUCUUUGCCUAAUUCUUUGCAGCAAUUAUUUGAUAGUCAUUAAAUGAGUUUGGAAUAUAACAUUAUUUGAGUUACUCAGCUUCAAAAAGGUACACUUGUAAAUGUUAGCAACCAAGUUGCAAGCUGUUGAACAGUUUUAUGAUGCAUAGAGACGGUGUAUGUUCUGUUUUUUUUAAGGGAAAAAAUUAAUUUUAUUAUCAGAUAAGUACCUUAAUUGUAACUGCUUCUUGUUAUCAUAUACUGAACUCUAUGAAUUGUAAAGAAAUUGUUUUUACUGCCAGGUGUCACAUUGAAAGUAAAAAAAAAAAAAAAAAUAAGAAUGAAAUAUGCAAAAAAUAAAUCAGCAGGUUGUCUGUUGAGGACUGUUUUUGUAUCAAUAUUUUGGACACCUCUACAGUGUACUAGUACAUGUUUAUAUAGGUCAUUACUUACAUGGAGUCAUGAAUGAUAUGUUAUAUAUGUCAUAAUUACAGAUCAGUCAAAUGUACACAUAUUAUAAAGGGUUGUAAUGUCUAAUAAAUGAUGAUUUUUACACAA